AUUGAGGAAUGGGACGUGCAAAAGGGAGUAAACGAAACCAGCACAGACACAGGUUGAAUCCUCUUCAGAAAACAGCAACAAAUUCACAAGAGAUUGUGCUGGAGGGCAAGGAAACGGCCAUUCCUGUCUUGGAAAAAUUGAGCUCUUCUGAAGCAAAGGAACGUUCCUGGUCUGCUAGUGCCAUUUCCAACUUGAUUUUGGGCGAUUCGGAGACUCGACUUUUGUUACUAAAGAAUGGACUGGUGAAAAAAUUGCUUGAGAGACUUACAGAUGACUCUAUUGAGGUUGUCAUUGAGGUCACUGGCGCUAUCCGUAACCUUGCAGUCGAAGAUGGUUACGACGUUUGUAUGGAUAUGUAUCGAAAGAACAUUCUGUCUCCUUUAAAAACUUGGAUGGCAAAGAUCGCUAGUCAUUUGGAAGGAAUGACUAAUGGCAAGACCCCGGAAGGUCAAGAGGAAGCUGCGUACCAAAGUUGUCUGUUCGCGGUAACCGAGAACAUCUGCGCUGUUCUUCUUAAUUUAGGUGAAACCACAACCGAGGUAAUGACUGCUUUGAACAACAAUGGGGUUCUUCCUUUCUUGUUUCAACUUGCUGUCCAUGGAUCGUUGAUUCCAGAACAAGUUCAAGAAAUUGUUCUACAAGCCCUUUGCACUCUUCUUGAUGACAAUCUCGCUGGCAUAAAAGAAUUUGUUUCUUCCUCCAAUGUUGACAUUGCUAAUGUUUUGUCCGUUAUUGGAGAGUAUAUCUCCAAGGACUUACCUACAUUACAAGCAUAUUCCAUCGGCGUUUUGUUUCAGUUUUAUGAGGCAAAGCAACUUGACAAGAAACUGGAAUCUCAAUUGCAGGUUGUUCCCGCUCUCGACAAUUUGCCCACUGUUGCAUUGCCUAAGUUGGGUCAACUUUUACAGGAUGGAAAACAAUUUCUUCGUUCAUUGACCACGAAAGCAUUUGAAAACGAAAAGACUUUAGCAGAUUACAGAAUUGCUUUGACCGUUCCCGUGGUUCUUGAGAUUCUUGCUUCCAUUGCAUCUUUGUUGCAAAGCCUUGCAGACGGUCAAGUUUCUGAUGAAGAUGAAAUGGACCCAGAAGUUGCAGCGACCGAGGCUAUUGAAGAGUUGGACAAUUUGGUUGGUGACGACGAAGCAGCUGACGAUGUUGACAUGGAUUCUGAAGUGCCUGCGAAACAAUCGGUCCAGGUUGCUUCUGAGCCUAUUGUAUUCAUGUUGCAAAAUAUUAUGCCUAUUCUCCUUGAUCUUUUGGAACCCUUUGAACCCGCUGUUGCGUCUGUUAUUCCCGAUAGAGAGAAAGGUUUUCUUGAUGUUGUCCAUGAGAGAAGUUUGGAGUGUCUGAACAAUAUCGCUUGGUCCUGUAACGGUAUCAUUAGCGAGGAUUCUCCAUCCAUUGGGCAAUGGCGUUCCCAAGCUCAAAUCAUUCUGGCUUGGGUGUCUAAGAUAGUCGGUCCUCAGUUUGAGGCUUCGCCUUCUAGUUUCUUGACUUUGUGUAGCGUAUUACUUGCUGCUAGUAAAGUCUAUAGUGGAAACGCUAUUCCCUUCACACCUGACCAGGUUGAUGUACUUAUUCAAUUUGCCGCACGUCUUAACGAUUUCCAAGCACAAUCACGUCUUGUCGGGGCUCUUGGUGCGCUGGCUAAGUUUGAAGGUGAUAUUGCUUUCAACAGCAAGAUCGGCGAUCUUCUCAUGUCUUGUUUAACAAAUGAUAACCCUCAACCUGAUGUUGCUGUUGAGGCACUGUACGCUAUCUUUGAUGUUUACGGUGACAAGGUGUAUGCUUACGAUACACCUGUUUUUGUUCAAAAGAAUUACCUGGCCGCCCUUCAACAGGCAGUUCCUGCUCUCACUAAAAUGACAAAACGUAUUGAUCGUAAGCGUUGUUACAAUGCCCGCAUGCGGGCUGAAGAGGCUAUGCAAAAUCUUCAUGCGUUCAUUGAUUACAAAAUCAACGAGUACAAAUAGGCAUGGUGCAUUGGCAAAGAAAAAUUCCCGAAAGGAUUUAAGUGAUUGGUACUGUACAAGCGGUUAUACUUGACGUUUAAAGUCCAAACACAAGCGAUUUCUUGUUUACAACUAUUCUCACAAAUUAUUAUUUGCUGUUUUUUGGAAAGAGAUAGAAUUGUGGAACGGUAGCAUCCACACCGGUAGUAUUUUUAAUAAUAGAACGAUAGUUGCAAGGAAACAACGUCGUGAUUUUCUACAAAAAUUUGGAAUCUACUGAUCCUUACCGUAAAUGAACAUUUGCCGUAUCAAUACUUCGUUACUACAUUAAGGUUGCCCAAGCAACAUUUCACUGAUGUAAGGAGCAAUGGAAGGGUUCACCGUACUGAUGUUAAUGACACGACGUUCAAUCACUGUGAACAGAAUUCGGCCCUGCUUUGAACGAACUAAAUUCCGAAGAACGAGGGUUGCUGUUAAGGCCGUUCCUGUGGCAUCACCCCGCUCGUCCACGGCCGUCUGCAGUAAAGGAACUCUAAAGUCUUUUGUGGCACUCGUUUGCCUUCCAAAGAUAGAAGGUAAUAAGUCUUUUGACGGAGGCGGAGGAAGGUGAGUUAGCAUGUGAGCAACUAUACCUGCAGCAAUCGCUCUACCAGCAACACCGUUAGACGGGAGUCUACUGUAAUUGCAAUUUGCCCACUGACAAGUAGUCGGUACGGUUGGCAUAGAAGCAAUGUGUUGCUGAACGUGGGCAUAUAAUGCUGAGGGACCAGCAAGUUGAGCACCACAAAUGGGACCAUUUGUAUGCUUCCAUAAGCAGGUUUCAAAACGCUCUCCUUGUAAUGAAAGUGGUACUCGUCGCCGCCUAAUUCCGUUAAUCACAUACUCUACUGGUUGCUUUGGGGUAGCAACAGUCAUUGCACGGGCAUUGGGAAAUGCAUGACUAGAAACCUUGAUGAAAUCAGCCGGGCUAAUUCCCAUCUGAGAAGAGCCUUGUAUCUUCUCCAUAUUGGAACAAUACAAUUGCCAGAUGUCAGUCUGCAAAACACAGUCUUUUGGAUUUGCAUCAAAACACAUUCGCAUCCAUCUGAUGCACCGUUCUGGUUCUUGGACAGAGAGCAAUUGCUGUAAUUCGGAAAGGGGUAGGCCGACGUACCCAGUAUUUUCGCUUGACGCGUUCAGAGUUGGAAGGUGAAUGGCCAUAUAACGUUCCUGUGCUUGGAAAAGCAUAAGACGUAUUAAGUGUUCAACAAGCGUCCAAACAUCUGAUCGUCUUAGUAACGCUUGGGUGUUAGAUCUGUAUGUUGUGUACUGAUAUAAUAAAUCCAAUGUUGCACCAAUUACUUCCUCGUCCUCGGUUGCAGUCAACAUUAUUACACGGCCGAUCGCCUCAUCAUCAAUGUCUUGCAGCAAACGAUUGUUGUCAUCAUUCAACGCCAAGCGGGCCAGGGUCCGAAGUGCCGCAAUUAGUAUAGACCGAUCUUGGGAUUUAAGGAGCCUGCAAAGUGUUUUGUAAAGCUCAUUUUUUUCGCUGGUGAUACUGAUGUAGGAUGCUUCGAGUUCGGCAAUAUCUAAAAUGUACUGUAACAGUUCUGUACAUUUCACUUCUAAAGCACAGCGUACACCCAACUCCAAUAUGUCAGCAACAUGAGAAGAAAGUGCCACGUGUUGAGCAUUUUCCAAAUUGAGUACCGCGUUUCGAAGAACAAGAGCAGCGGCAAGUGCUCGGUCGAGAUGCUCAUAGUAUGUAUCCUCAUGUUGAUAAUAAUGUAAACGAGUGAUUUGUUGCCGUAAACCUUCCAUCAGACAUUCUGCUAGUCCAGGGAGACGUUUUAAUUUGAACUCUUGACUACGUUCAAAAGAAAUUUUGAUCAAGUGCCCCAGUGCCCAAUCUACUUCAUCGGGAAAAUUGGACUUCAUGGCUAGCGAAACACGGACAAGCAGAGGUGGGCCGGGAAGGCCCAUUCCUAACUUGGGAGUAGCAGCCGCCGGCGGUUGUGUAAGCUUAUUUAACGUGGAGGGAAGGGGUAAGGCUCGGAUUUGGGCAGUGGGUAGAGUUGAGCUUGCAAAGUACAUGUUGUUUGGAAGUAAUGUGUCAAAGGGUGUUGACGACUUUUUUUGAUUAUUCGAAGUUUCGGUGUCAUUUUCGUAGAAACUUCGAAUAGAUGGCAGAUUGU